GUAGGUGCGUUGCGUGAGUUUUCCGUUUAUAAAGGGAAACAUUGUUCCUGCAGGGUGUCGCUACUGCCUUGUGCUCUCAAGACAACAUGGAUUUCGAUUUGGCGUCAGCUGUAGGUAAAGAUGAUCAGGUGAAAAAGGAUGAUGCCUCUGGCCAGGAACAGAACGCCCUCUUUGGAUGGGGGAAGAAGAAGGACAAAGCUGGGGAUAAGGACAAGAGUGCAUCAAAGGACCAUGACAAAUCCAAGGACCGUAAGGACCAUGACAAAUCCAAGGACCAUAAGGAGGACAAAGACAAGCAUAAGGAACAUAAGGACAAGAAACAUGGUGACAAGAAGGACAAAGGUCAUAAGAAGAAAGACAAGAAGUCCAAAGAGCAUAAGGACAGAGAUGAUGGGCAUGGAUCCUCUUCAUCAUCAUCUUCGUCCAGCAGCGACGAGGAUGAAGGCAAGAAGAAGCAUCACUGAUUCUGGUGCUGUGAGGAGGUGCUACUGCCAGUUCACUCUUGUGUCAAUGUUUCGUACUGCAGUGUUGAUGCAUGAUAUUUACUGUGUACCGUUUCCUUGUUGUUCCUGAUCAUGUUUUGAUGUGCCAGACAGUAAAUUAGUGGUUUUACAACAGAACAUUAAAUAACAAAACAACCAGGAUAUAUGGUGAAUGUCUGACUUUUUUCAGACAUCUUUCCUCCCUAGUGAAAAGUCUAAUGUCCACCAGAAGGGGGAGGUGUUUGUCAUUGAAUAUUUGUUUAAUAGAUUGAAUACAGUUGAUUGGCAAACAUUUUGUUCAAGUUUUUUGAUAAAUUGUCCAGUCAAAAGA